AACAGAUUUCGUCAUCAGUGUGCGACGGCUGUACAGUUAUCGCUGUAUUCACAGGCGUCCUUGGGACUCUGUGAGUGUUGUACCGAGUUAUUAAAUCGUUUAAUUGCUUAUUUACAAUUUGAAGGGAUCCUAAAGUUCACUUAGUGAUGAAUCGCCUUUGAUCUAUGAUGUUUAUGACCACAUUUUAAGCAGUACAUCUAUAACCACCAGACUUUCACCAAUAAACAAAUGAACACAGAGAUGAGUGCCCCUAAUGCCAGUGAACGCAAAGCCUGCUGGGGAGCGAGAGACGACCUGUGGAAGUGUUUAGAUGUCAAUCAGGACGAGACAUCUGCCUGUGGGAAACAACUGAAAGAGUUUGAAUCCAAGUGUCCUGCGCAGUGGGUGAAGUAUUUCAGCAAAAGAAGGGACUUCUUGAAGUACAAGGAUAAAAUCGAAAAUGAAGGAUAUGAACCCACAGAGGGAGCACCGAAAUUAUAGUUGAAACAGACUUGCAUUAAACAACACUGGACAUUAGAGAUGUGACCUGGACUCUAUGACCAAUAAAGGCAGAGAUGCACUUAAAUGUUUGCUAAUGAUAAAUAAAGCCUUUUCCCUGAUCAUCUUAUUUAUGUGUAUGGGUGGAGAUUAUCAAUAAACAUGAUCUCACAAGUUA